CUGGGGCGUCGAAUAAGAGUUGCUGUUAAUACAGGCUCCCGUAGUUAAGCUAGAGGCGGUAGCCAGACAUAACGAAAUAUAAUGAGUCUCCAGUUACACGGUUGCAAAUUUGACGUAGAUCUAGUUGUUUAUACUCCCACAACUCGUAAAAUGUUUUGUACCUCCUUUGUUUUUAGGCCUAUCGCGCAAAACUGAAACCUCGAGAGAUCAUGUAUUUUUUUGCGUCUGGGAAGACAUCGAAACGAUAAUGCAGCACCAAUAUCCACUAGGAUUUGACGUAAUUCUACUCUCACUUCAUGGAAAUCUUUGAGUAGCUCAUAGGCCUACGGCAAAACUGGAACCUCGCGUCUUUAUUUGGAAACGCAUGCUCGUCUGGGAAGGAAUAUAAACGAUAAUGCAGAGUGGCGACAAUAUAUCCGAGACAACAAAUAAGUUAAGUCACGCCGUGUCUGUGUCACUAGGUUUAAGUUCGUUUGAGUUUGAUAUAGUGGAUAACGGACAGAGCGAUACAGACAACUGUCCAAAUAACCGACACAUUUUCUCUGUCUCUGAGGAAACAUCUUUAAAGUGUGGACCUAUCGCAAGGAUGACCUCAGAGUUAACUAUCCAGAUGCCAAAGAAAACGAUUGUUAAAUCAACAGAUCUCCAACAGUCGUUCGACAUAAAUCAUGACCGUUACGGACAAAAUUAUGAGGGCUUACAGACGGUGGAGCGUGAAAGGAACUGCGAAUGGAACGUGACGACGCACGAAUCGGAGACUGGCCGAGGUUUCCGUAAACAUUCGGACACGUUCGUGAAUCUUGAUAACGCACUUUCCGUCCCCUCUCUGUUUGACGAAAUAUUACCCUUAAGUCCUAGAUUUGGUAAAUACUCCCCAAUUCCGUUAUUCGGUCAAGACUCUGCGGGCGCCUGGACCGUUAAUGACCUUACUCAAAGCAGCAGCAACAAACAGUACAGCAGCAGUAUUAAAGCCGAACCAGGUCGCGAGAGACCCUGUCCGGUUGCGUGUGGAUCUUGGUUUUGUAAAUAUUGUGACAACAGAAACAGCAUGUCUCUUGGAGGAGAUACUUCCUGUCCCUGUUACUCGUACUCUGGGGGUAACUAUCAGGAUAUUGGGCAGGGUGGGGAAGAAGAGGCCCUUAUCCAGACGCAAGGUAACCAGAGUGCGAUGAUGCGUGAAAGGGGACUUCAAGUAUAUCACUCCGCUAUCAUGAGGGAGAGUUCUGGGUGGAUGGGUGCCGAAUCCAGCUUGAGGUGUGAAGGUAUUUUGCCGGUCACUGUGUAUUUCACGGACCGCCGCGUGUGUCAGGUGUGCGGAGACGACGCGUCCGGCUGCCACUACGGAGCGGUCACCUGCGGAAGCUGCAAGGUGUUCUUCAAGAGGGCUGCGGAGGGUAAGCAGAACCACCUGUGCGCCAGCCGUAACGACUGCACCAUCGACAAGCUCCGGAGGAAGAACUGCCCUUCUUGUCGCCUCCGACGGUGCUUCCUGUCAGGAAUGAGCCUCAAAGGCCGGAAGCUAAGGGGGGCCAGCCAGCUGAAAGGAGGAGUGGAGGGGGAAACCCAGGCACCAGGUACUGAAGAGAUCAAAGCGAGGGAUGAAAAGAGGGCUGGGGGGCAGCAGUUGGCCCCCAAUACCCAGCAAGUUCAAUGUGAGAUUCAAUAUUACCGCUAUGAUGCCCCCCAGGCUUUUGGCCCCACGGCCGGCCUUCACCCUUCACUCCUCAGUGUCCUGAGUUCUAUUGAGCCGGGAUUGGUCAACGCGGGCCAUGACCCCUCCCUGUCAGACUGUCCCGCCUCGUUAUUGACCAGUCUCAACGAGCUCGGCGAGAGACAACUGGUGUCUGUGGUGCACUGGGCUAAAGCCAUGCCAGGUUUCAGGCAACUACAUGUUGAGGACCAGAUGUCGGUGAUCCAGUCUUCCUGGCUUGGGGUGAUGGUGUUUGCUCUGGGCUGGAGAUCCUACACCUACACAGAUGCCAGGGAGCUCUACUUUGCCCCUGACCUCAUCUUCAACGAUCAAAGGAUGCGUGUGUCCAGUAUGUAUGAACACUGUGUCCGGUUCCGUCUGCUGUCCUCGAGGUUCUGUCAGCUCGGAGUCACCCGGGAAGAAUUCCUAUGCAUGAAGGCCCUGCUCCUCUUCAGCAUCAUCCCGGUGGAGGGUCUGAGGAAUCAACUAUGUUUUGAUGAGUUGAGGAAGUCUUACAUCAAAGAGCUGGAACGCCUGGCCAGACACAAUGAAGACACCAGUCAUACACGCCUGUUCCGGCUAACUCAACUGCUGGACUACCUGCACCCGAUUAUAAGGAAUCUGCAUCAGUUCACCUACGACUUGUUUGUCCAGGCCCAGUCUCUCCCCACCAGGGUCAGCUACCCAGAGAUGAUCUCUGAGAUUGUAAGCGUUCACGUGCCAAAGAUGCUCACAGGGCUGGUCCAGCCUAUCCUCUUCCACAAAACACCUUGUUAAUAGGUCAUCCUGUGACACUUCAUCAUGCGCCCGACUUAGACUUAGGGAGGGUUGGCUUUUAAAUGCAUUUUGAUCUAAGUAUUUUUGACAAGUUGGUAUUCAGAUUUACCUUAUGCUGUUGUGCAUCCAGCUCUGUGGGUGUGACUCCCUUGCACUCACUUAAUAAAAUCAAUUAAACUGCU